AUGUCAAAGGGUGACAAGGUUGAGGUUUUGGACUUUUGGGCUAGCCCAUUUUGUGGUAGAGUGAAAAUUGCUUUGGAAGAGAAAGGGGUGAACCAUGUACACAGUGAAGAGGAUUUGUUUGGCGCAAAGAGUGAACUUCUUCUCAAGUCAAAUCCCAUUCAUCAAAAAGUUCCUGUGCUCUUGCACAACGGCAAACCCAUUUCUGAGUCUGCUAUCAUAGUUAGCUACAUUGAUGAAGUCUGGUCUUCCAAAUCCCUGCUUCCAUCUUCUGCUUAUGAUCGUGCCCAAGCCAGAUUCUGGACUGAUUAUAUCGACAAAAAGGUGUUUGAAACUGGGAGGAGCAUCUGGGCAAGCAAUGGAGAAGAGAGAGAAGUAGGGACUAGGGACUUCAUUGAAAUUUUGAAGCAUCUUGAGGAAGCUCUUGGGGAGAAGAACUAUUUUGGUGGUGAUGCCUUUGGGUAUCUGGACAUCAUAGCCAUUCCUCAUUCAGCUUGGUUUUUGGCCUAUGAGAAGCUUGGGGGAUUCAAAGUUGCAGACCAUGCACCAAAGAUCUCAGCUUGGGUUAAGAGGUCUUUGCAAAGGGAAUCUGUUUCCAAAGUUCUGCCAGACCCAGAGAAGGUAUACCAGUUUGUUCUUCACUUCAGGAAGAUGUCAGGGCUUGAUUGAUGAAGCAUGAAUGCUUGGUUUGCCUCAUGGCAGUGAAUGGUUCUGCCUUGUUCCUGGUUUUUCUCAUUGUAUUAGAAUUUGCUGCUUUAGUCUUUAGCCAA